GCCUAACAUUACUACAGCGUUCUCUGCAACGCAACGCAACUCAGCGUGAAGCUGCCGUCGUCACGAGACAUGUCACCAUUUUCUCACGUUUUGACAUCUAAUAGGAUAGUGCAAUGUAUAUACUCAUAUACAGUUUAUAUGGUAUUACACGAAGACAGGCAACAGGUGGCUCCGUGGCGCAAUGGAUAGCGCAUUGGACUUCUAGUCAAUCAUAAGAGGAGUGAUUCAAAGGUUGUGGGUUCGAGUCCCACCGGAGUCGAACUUUUGACUCAUCAUUGUUCUGGAUUUUCAAGUUAGUCUACAUUAAACAUUCAUGGAUUUGAUCUAUUUUGUAUCUAUUUACGGAUGUAUCGAUUUAGUCGGUGAUGAAUGAGUCAAUUUUAGUCCUUAUAAUCCUUAUGUUAUACCCGAGAAUGACAAAAAGUGUAGAAAUAUGUAACUUGCCUGUUUUGAAUCUAGUAGUUGGUUUUGUUGGGGAUUACAUAAAAUAGCGAUAAUGACAAUUGAAAUUAUAAUAUUCAAAUUCCAACAGCUGGUCAUUAAAAUGACAUUAAACAGCAACGUGACAACGCUUGUAGUCCCGUGACCCAUUAAGCACUUUAACCACUAGAUGGAGCCUUUUUUCAUUCCCUUAGUACAUGUGCAGUCUGGCUGUUGGAUGUUGUAGUAUCACUGCACUGUAAUUUGCUGGAGAUUAUCAAACAGGGACAAGUAGAGGAGAGAGGACGUCAGUGAAACAAGAGAGUGGAGCAUUUUAACUCAACCACAAAUCACAUCAUUAGUGAUGGGUAUAGUGAGGACAUCAGUGGCCUUUCUUCUUCACCUGGCUGCCUCCCUGGCGUUUUGCCCAGCUGUAACAUGUGAGUGGCUACGGUAGUUAGCAAUACUUGCUCUUGAAGAUGAGUUGUUGACUUGUUCUGACCGUUCCCAUCCUCCUACCCAUGAAGUCCAAGGCUCCUGUGCCGUGUGAGGAGAUGGUGGUCCACCUGGAAGCGGAGAUCCAGGGCCUGAAGAGGGUGAUCAACAACCAGCAACAAUACAUCCAGGAGCUCCACAACAGCCAAGCCCAGCAGCUAGAGAAAAUACCCAACUCCCACCUGGGCCCUGAAAACCUGUACCGAGACUGCUCAGAGGUGUACGCAGAUGGUAACGUGGCCAGUGGGCUCUAUGUGAUCCGUCCAGACGGCUCUCCCACCACACUGAGUGUCUACUGUGACAUGCACAAUGGAGGAGGAUGGACCGUCUUCCAGAGGAGAAGAGAUGGCAAAGAGAACUUUGACAGAGCGUGGGUGGAGUACAAGCAUGGAUUUGGAGACAUCUACUCCCCAGAUGGAGAAUUCUGGCUGGGCAAUGAAGCUCUACACUAUCUCACGUCACAAGGAAACUACGACCUGCGGAUUGAUAUGGAGGACUUUGAGGGUAAUCAGCGCUACGCAGAGUACAAGAAAUUCACUGUGGACGCUGAAAAGGACCAGUACCAGUUACAUCUGGGAGAGUACACUGGGGAUGCAGGAAAUGCUCUGAAUGACAUGAACGGGCCUCCUUCUGCUAGACUGGAGUGGAGCGGUCCAGGCUUGAGGACACACGGGGUCAAAUUCAGCACCUAUGACCAGCAGAAUGAUGGAGGAGCUGAAAAUGAAGAUGCCCAGUGUAUCAGACACAGCAAGUCAGGCUGGUGGUUCAGUAGGUGUGAUUCAGGCAACCUGAAUGGUCAUUACUACAAUGGACCGUACCAAGCCAUGACCGACGACGGGGUGGUGUGGUACACAUGGCACGGUUGGUGGUACUCCAUCAAAUCUGUGGUCAUGAUGGUACGAGCUGCUGACCUUGAGCAUCCCCCGCCAGUCAUCACCCCGCUGCCAGGACAACUAGACUCCAACAAGGCAGCAGAUGCCAUUGAUCUUCCUCAUGGCCGGUAGGCUGAUGGCAGUGUGGCAGCAACAUAUGUGGCAGCAACAUAUGUCUCCUUACUGGAGCUAUAAACUGUUAAAGUCAUCUCAACCAGACUUUUCGGCAUGACUGGUUAGAUAUGUGUAACAAUGCAUUUAUUUUAAUAUUCAAAAUAAAACAUCCUUGCUAAAC